AUGGCCACCACAUCCGCCGCGUGGAUGACGUCUUCAACUGGCCAAAAACACGAAGAUACCGUCAAUGAAGAACCUCUGACUUGUGAAUCACCGGAACCGAUGUCCUGUUACCUGCACCACGAUCCCGACCAUCCUAUGUCGUCGUUUUCCGUUAUCAACAAGAUGCGAGUCAACAUCCAACUCUGUGACGUUUCCCUUCGAGUCGGUAACAGCGUGACAAAAGCUCACCGAUUGGUGUUGGCCUCCUCCAGUCCUUAUUUUUACGCAAUGUUCAACGACGACAUGGCUGAAAAAUUACAAUCCGAAGUCGAACUACAUGACGUAGACUUGGGUGCUCUACAACUUCUGAUCGAAUAUACAUACACAGGCCAAGUACACAUAACAGACGAAAAUGUUCAGGUACUGUUACCCGCUUCGUCAUUGCUCCAGAUAAACUCUGUCCGAGACGCGUGCUGCACGUUCCUGAUGAAACAGUUACACCCGACUAAUUGUUUGGGGAUCAGGCAGUUUGCCGAGACGCACUCGUGCAACGAGCUGAGGACCCGGUCACACCGCUAUGCGUUGCAGAAUUUCGAAGAAGUGGUGAAAACUGAAGAAUUUCUUUUCCUAUCGUUUUCUGAGGUCGAAGAUUUAGUAUCCAACGACAAAUUGAACGUUGUUUCCGAAGAGCAGGUUUUCGUGGCUGUCAUGGAUUGGAUCAAACACAAUCCCUCCGAACGAUCGCAGUACAUCGCUCAGCUUUUGGGCCACGUGCGACUAGCCCAAAUGUCAAAGAUGUUCCUGUUGAACGUAGUCGAAACGGAACCACUGGUGCGCAGCGAGCCUAGUUGCAAGGACCUGUUGUUGGGUGCCAUGAAGUACCAUCUGUUGCCGGACCAGAGAUCCGAUUUUGCUAGCAAGCAGACCGAACAACGGAGCCCAGACGGCCUGAUGCCAUACAUAUUCGCCAUUGGCGGUGGUAGUUUGUUCACUAUACACAGCGCUGGUGAGUGUUACAACCCUAGACACGACCGUUGGCUACCGAUUGCGCCCAUGUCCAAAUGUCGAAGUCGUGCGGGUAUCGUAUCGCUGGGCAAAUUGAUCUACGCUAUUGGAGGAUACGAUGGAAUAGUGGACCUAUCUUCGGCCGAGUGCUACGACCCAAAUUGCAACAGGUGGUCGGCGGUCACAUCACUAGGUACGAAGAGGAGCUGUCUAGGCAUUAGCGCCAACCACGGAUUGCUGUACGUGUGCGGUGGUUUUGAUGGUGCGUCCUGCCUGAGCAGUGUAGAAAGAUACGACCCACUGACCGGCGUUUGGUCGUCAUGUCCUAGUAUGACCACCCGUCGACGAUAUUGCCGCGUAUCCGUCGUCGACAACUGUCUGUACGCUUUGGGAGGCUUUGACUCGACCAACUACCAGUCAACCGUUGAAAGGUACGAUCCGAGAAUGAGCAAGUGGAUGACUGUGCCAGCCAUGAGCAGCAGGCGUAGCAGCUGUGCCGUAGCCACCUUGGACGAUAUGCUUUAUUGUGUGGGGGGCAACGACGGUACCAUGUGCAUGUCAAGUGGCGAAAGAUUGAACGUCAGGCGGAAUGCUUGGGAGCCUAUAGCCACCAUGCAGUGUCGCAGGGCUACCCAUGACAUGGUUGAACUGGACGGCGGGCUGCUAGUGCUCGGCGGCAACGACAGCAACUCGAGCCUGCACUCGACGGAGCGGUAUGAUCCCCGGAUCAACCGGUGGACAAUGUCGACGCCAAUGCCGACGCGCCGGAGCUCGGUGGGAGCCGCUCUCCUGUACUGCUUCAACAUGGACGGCAAGCUGACGACGGCCGCCAACGCUGGGACCACAAAUGCCGCCGCCGUCAUGAGUGGAAGCGUCGCGAUGGUGGCCGCCAGUUCUGGAACGGCGUCCGUCACAAAUUCGCCGUACAAGUCCACCGCCACGUCCGUAUGA